UUUUCAUAGAUGUGGGAGGAUUUAAGGGAAUUUUGCUGUAAGUUUUGCUCCAACUUUUCAGUGAAGACCAUGAAAAUCAUCAUUUUAUAUACUUUGGGUCUCAUAUCUCUAGCAUUGAGUUGUAAUAUUCUAGAUCUAGAACUAGUAAGUCUGAAAACUAUGAUGGGUCUGAAGGCCACAUCCAGAACUGUUCCAGUUAAUACUUUAGUGACCUUUAAUUGCUCCACUAGCAAUUGUGUGCAUGUAGCAAUGUAUAUGUCUACCAUACAGAAAAAUGAGACCAAGUCACUUAAAUGUGAUGCUAUUGACAUGGAUGGCACAUUGAUUUGCCACAAUAUCACUAUCACAGAGCCUGUUAAAGUAAGAUGUGUUGGUACACAAUCAAGUGGGAACUACUCAUGCGAGCCAUGCCAUUCAUGGGGCAGUAUUUUGAUUGGAAUUGAAGAAUCAACUACUGUGCCAUGUAUUAAUAAAAGCUUGCCCUGUAAUUGUAGCUCUUCAACAAAACCUACUAGUCAGGAAAAUGAAGCCCCAAAAUGUACAGGUAUUUCUAUAUAGCACAAGUGUUUUUAAUAUCAUUAUUAAAAUUUAUUUUACUCAUGCAUUAAUAUAGAUCUAAUCACUAGCAUUGCUAUUUUUUAAUCAUUUUUGUUGGUGCUAAUGCA